AAUUGUGCUAGCUUUUAAAGUAAUAAUUAUGUAUAGUUAUCUCUAUCAAAGCGAUAAAUCAACAACUUUUGUUUUUGUCAUAUUUCUCUAGUAAUACAAUUAAAAUUAAAUUAGAAUUUUUAUAAUUCAAAUAUAAAAUAACAGUUAACAAUGGAGUAGAUGAUACGUGAGUGAAGUGAGCAUGCUUGUGUCGUAUGUUAUAUUUUGUUAUUGUUCGUAGAUUGGUAUUGAUGAGAGAAAACCGGUGGGAUGCCAGUCUGUAGUGGUCCGGCGUUGUCCACCAGAGCGCACUCUUGCGUCGUUAUUUUUCUCGGUCAUGGCAACCGCGUUUUCAUUGACUCAUUCUCUGCAUAGAUCGCACCCAGAGCGAACAGAGACACGCCGAAAACAAGACGGGAUUCAUGAGGAAUGAGUCGGUGCCUUUGGAUUCAUGACAUCCCUCUAAAGGCUUUUCGCUGAGUGAGAUCUACAGGAGAGCGUUGAAUAUUCGGGACUGAUCGGAUGUUCAGCUGACUGUGAUUGCGGGAACAUUGUGCGACCAUCAUCAUGGCUGCGUCUGAAUUAUAUACAAAGUAUGCACGGGUCUGGAUCCCGGAUGUAGAGGAAGUGUGGAAGUCAGCAGAGCUCACCAAGGACUACAGACAAGGAGAUGGAGUUCUGCAGCUACAGUUGGAGGAUGGAAAGGAACUGGAAUAUAAAUUGGACCCCAAGACAAACAACUUACCACACCUCCGUAACCCUGAUAUCCUGGUGGGAGAAAAUGACCUGACAGCUCUCAGUUACCUUCACGAGCCCGCUGUGUUGCACAAUCUGAAAGUGCGCUUCAUUGAUUCCAAACUCAUCUACACAUACUGCGGUAUUGUUCUAGUCGCUAUAAACCCAUAUGAGACGCUACCCAUCUAUGGAACUGACAUCAUCAAUGCGUACAGUGGGCAGAAUAUGGGUGACAUGGACCCUCAUAUCUUCGCAGUGGCAGAAGAAGCUUACAAACAGAUGGCCAGGGAUGAGAGGAAUCAGUCUAUCAUUGUAAGUGGAGAAUCCGGGGCAGGGAAAACUGUUUCAGCCAAAUAUGCCAUGCGAUACUUUGCUACAGUCAGUGGCUCCGCCAGCGAAGCCAAUGUGGAAGAAAAAGUUCUGGCGUCCAACCCCAUCAUGGAGUCCAUUGGUAAUGCCAAGACCACCAGGAAUGACAAUAGCAGUCGUUUUGGGAAAUACAUUGAGAUUGGCUUUGAUAAGAAAUAUCACAUCAUCGGUGCAAACAUGAGGACGUAUCUCUUGGAGAAAUCACGUGUCGUAUUUCAGGCGGAUGAGGAAAGGAAUUAUCAUAUCUUCUAUCAGCUCUGUGCAUCUGCUCACCUCCCGGAGUUCAAAGCCUUGAAACUGGGAAAGGCUCAUGAUUUUCACUACACCAAACAGGGCAGGAACCCAGUGAUAGAUGGAGUAGAUGAUGCCAAGGAGAUGUCGACCACCAGAAACGCCUUCACACUGCUAGGUGUAAAUGAGUCCUAUCAGUUGGGCUUGUUUCAGAUUCUGGCUUCAAUUUUGCACCUGGGGAAUGUGGAAGUGAAGGAUAGAGACUCAGACAGCAGUAUUAUUCCUCCGAAUAAUGGUCACUUGAGUGUGUUUUGUGAAUUGAUGGGAGUGACAUAUCAAGACAUGUCUCACUGGCUGUGCCAUAAGAAGUUGAAGACAGCAACUGAGACAUACAUUAAGCCCAUUCCCAAACUACAGGCCAUAAACGCUCGCGAUGCUCUUGCUAAACAUAUCUACGCCAAACUCUUCAACUGGAUCGUGGACCAUGUGAAUAAAGCACUGCAUUCUACUGUCAAACAGCACUCGUUCAUCGGAGUCCUAGACAUUUACGGGUUUGAGACUUUUGAAAUCAACAGCUUUGAACAGUUCUGUAUUAAUUAUGCCAAUGAGAAACUACAGCAACAGUUCAACAUGCAUGUGUUUAAGUUGGAGCAAGAGGAGUAUAUGAAAGAGCAGAUCCCCUGGACUCUCAUUGAUUUCUAUGAUAAUCAGCCAUGUAUCAACCUCAUCGAGGCCAAGAUGGGCAUCCUGGACCUGCUGGAUGAGGAGUGCAAGAUGCCGAAGGGCUCUGAUGACUCCUGGGCUCAGAAACUGUAUAACACUCAUUUGAAGACGUGUGCACUUUUUGAAAAACCACGGAUGUCCAAUAAAGCUUUCAUUAUUCAGCACUUUGCAGAUAAGGUGGAGUAUCAGUGUGAUGGUUUUCUGGAGAAGAAUAAAGACACAGUCAAUGAGGAGCAGAUAAAUGUUCUGAAGGCCAGUAAGUUUGACCUGCUGGUGGAGCUGUUCCAGGACGAGGAGAAAGCCACAAGUCCGACCGGUGCCGCUCCUGCUACUGGAGGACGCACUCGACUCAGCGUCAAACCAGAGAAGCAUAAAGCCGGCCAAGCCAGCAAAGAACACAAGAAGACAGUUGGACUGCAGUUCCGUAACUCCCUGCAGCUGCUGAUGGAGACCCUGAAUGCGACUACACCACACUACGUUCGCUGCAUCAAACCCAACGAUUACAAAUAUGCCUUCACGUUUGACCCCAAGAGGGCAGUGCAGCAACUGCGUGCAUGUGGUGUUUUGGAAACGAUCCGCAUCUCUGCAGCCGGUUUCCCAUCCAGGUGGACGUAUCAGGAGUUCUUUAGCAGGUAUCGUGUCCUGAUGAAACAAAAAGAUGUUUUGACAGACAAGAAGAUGACCUGUAAGAAUGUUCUGGAGAAACUGGUACAGGAUCCAGAUAAGUACCAGUUUGGCAAGACCAAGAUCUUUUUCCGCGCCGGCCAGGUUGCGUAUCUGGAGAAACUGCGUGCAGAUAAGCUUCGUGCAGCCUGUAUCCGCAUCCAGAAGACCAUCCGCUGCUGGCUGGCGCGCAAGAAGUACCUGCGCAUGAAACAUGCUGCCACAACCAUCCAGAGAUAUGUCCGUGGAUACCAGGCCCGCUGUCUUGCGAAAUUCCUGCGUCGCACGCGUGCUGCGAUCAUCAUUCAGAAGUACCAGCGCAUGUAUAUCCAGAAAACGUGUUACAAACGCCAGCAGGCUGCCGCUCUGGCCAUGCAGUGCAUCCUCAGGGCAUACAUGGCCAGACAGCUGUACAAAGCGCUUCUGCGCGAGCAUAAGGCCAUCAUCAUUCAGAAGAUGGUCCGAGGCUGGUUGACGCGGCAGUGGUACAAGCGGAGCCUCAAAGCCAUCGUUUACCUUCAGUGCUGCAUUCGCCGGAUGCGAGCCAAGAGAGAACUCAAGAAACUCAAAAUUGAAGCACGUUCGGUGGAACACUUUAAGAAACUCAACAUCGGCAUGGAGAACAAGAUCAUGCAACUGCAGCGCAGGAUAGACGACCAGAACAAGGAGAACCGUGUUCUCAGCGAGCGUUUGAACAGUCUAGAGGUCAGCCACGCUGCGGAGUCCGAGCGUCUGCGCGUGGAAUUGACGCGUCUGCGAGGGGCAGAGGAGGACGCCAAAAACAACGCCAACAAAGUUACAUCUCUUCUGGAGGAGCUGGAGCGACUGCGCAAAGACCUGCAGAACACACAGAAGGAGAAGAAAGCCAUCGAGGACUGGGCGCAAACCUACCAGGACGAGAUGGAAAAGAUGAUCUCAGAGCUAAAGGAGCAAAACCACCUGCUGAAGAACGAGAAGAACGACCUGAACCGACUGAUCCAAGAACAGAGCCAGCAGUGGACAGAAAAAAUGCAGAGGGCUCUGAAAGAAGAAACCCAACAGUUAGAAAACGAUUUAAACGAGGAACGGUCUCGCUACCAGAACCUUCUUACCGAGCACCUCCGACUAGAGGAGAAAUACGACGAUCUGAAGGAGGAGAUCACACUUGCUGUAAAUGUUCCAAAACCUGGUCACAGGCGCACAGACUCCACACACAGCAGCAACGAAUCAGAAUGUACCUACAAUUCAGAGUUUGCCGAGUCCGAGGAAGGGACACGCGAGGGGAGGUGAGAGCAGAAUGACGUUUCCAAGGGGAUACUGGAUAUGUCCUUGUUCCUAAAGCUGCAGAAGAGAGUAUCCGAGCUAGAGCAAGAAAAACAGUUACUGCAGAACGAACUCGAUCGGAGAGAAGAGCAGUUUCAGCGGGCUAGAGCUAGGGAUGAUGAGGAACAUAAGAAAGCUCGAAGUGCUGAGCUGGAAUAUGAAUCUCUCAAGCGUCAGGAGUUGGAGUCGGAGAACAAGAAGCUCAAACAUCAUUUGAAUGAGAUGCGUCAGUCUCUGAGAGGCAGCGCUGAGGCCGGUUCCGCCGCUCCGGGUUCUCCUGCGUACACGGUUCUCCUGGAUCAGCUGAACUCCUCCAACGAGGAGCUGGAAGUGCGGAAGGAGGAGGUGCUCAUCCUGCGCUCUCAGCUCGUCAGUCAGAAAGAGGCCAUGCAGCACAAGGAUGAGAAGGAGACCAUGACUGAGCCUUUGCCGUAUAUUGAGGACGUGCAGAAGCUGACUGAUGCCAAGGAGAUCUCCCAGGCAUACAUGGGUCUUAAAGACACCAACAGAUCCCCAUUCCCUGACUACCAUAAGCUGAAUGAGGAUGGAGAACUGUGGCUGGUUUAUGAAGGGUUAAAGGAAACUAACAGGUUGUUGGAGUCCCAGUUGCAGGCUCAGCGGCGGUCUCAUGAGAACGAGGUGGAGGUUUUGCGUGGAGAACUGCAGAGCGUUAAAGAGGAGAACAACCGUCAGCAGCAGCUGUUAGCUCAGAACCUGCAGCUUCCUCCAGAGGCCCGGAUCGAGGCCAGUCUACAGCACGAGAUCACUCGCCUCACCAACGAGAACCUGGAGCUUCACGCUGAUGAUCCAAAGGAGUAUAAAGCCUACAGAAUCAGCAUGUUACGCAGGAUGGUUGAUCUCAUGGAGCAGCUGGAGAAACAGGACAAGACCGUCCGCAAACUGAAGAAACAGCUCAAAGUCUUUGCAAAGAAAAUCAAUGACCUGGAAGGCGGCCAGAUCGACGUGUCUCCGGGACAGACGGCCGAUGAGCCCGUUCAUCCGGUCAACAUUCCACGCAGGGAGAAAGAUUUCCAGGGAAUGCUGGAAUACAAGAAAGAGGAUGAACUCAAACUGGUUAAAAACCUCAUACUUGAAUUAAAGCCUCGCGGCGUAGCGGUGAAUCUGAUACCAGGUCUGCCGGCAUACAUCCUCUUCAUGUGUCUCCGUCAUGCCGACUACAUUAACGAUGACCAAAAAGUCCGAUCUCUACUCACCUCCGUCAUCAACAGCAUCAAGAAGAUCCUCAAGAAAAGAGGCGAUGACUUUGAGACCGUUUCCUUCUGGUUGUCCAAUACAUGUCGUUUCCUGCACUGCCUAAAACAGUACAGUGGCGACGAGCAAUUCAUGAAGCAUAACACUCCUAAACAGAACGAUCACUGUCUAUCCAACUUUGAUCUGGCCGAGUACCGGCAGGUUCUCAGUGACCUGGCCAUUCAGAUCUACCAGCAGCUCAUCAAGUGUAUGGAGAACAUCCUGCAGCCCAUGAUCGUUUCUGGCAUGCUGGAACAUGAAACCAUCCAGGGCGUGUCCGGGGUGAAGCCCACGGGUCUCCGUAAGAGGACGUCCAGUAUCGCUGAUGAGGGGACGUACACGUUGGACUCCAUCAUCCGGCAGCUCAACACCUUCCACUCCAUCAUGUGUCAGCACGGAACCGAUCCGGAGCUCAUCAAACAGGUGGUCAAGCAGCAGUUCUACAUCAUCGGCGCCGUCACCCUCAACAACCUGCUGCUGCGUAAAGACAUGUGCUCCUGGAGCAAGGGCAUGCAGAUCAGGUAUAACGUGAGUCAGCUGGAGGAGUGGCUGAGAGAUAAGAACCUCAUGACAUGCGGCGCUAAAGAGGCGCUGGAGCCGUUGAUUCAGGCCGCACAACUACUGCAGGUCAAGAAGAAGACGGAUGAGGAUGCUGAGGCCAUAUGCUCCAUGUGCAACAGCCUCUCUACAGCACAGAUUGUGAAGGUGCUGAACUUGUAUACACCUGUCAGCGCGUUUGAAGAGCGCGUGUCGGUGCUGUUCAUAAGAACAAUACAGACACGUUUACGCGAUCGAAAGGAGUCGCCUCAGCUGCUGAUGGACACCAAACUCAUCUACCCCGUGACCUUCCCCUUUAACCCCUCCUCUGGCCCUGAAACCAUUCAGAUACCCGGCAGCCUCAAUGUGGGCUUCCUCACCCGUGUGUAG